AUGAAAAAGCCCGAGAAAAACAGCGCGCUCUGUCCCCGCAGGAUGUCGGUGGGCUCGAGCGAGGCGCAGGCCCAGGAAAUACAGCGGAUGUGCCGGUAUUUCGAGGAAAGGCCUGCCCUGGUAGAGCAGAUCCGUGCGGAAGUAGAUGCGCUCUCCAUCGAUCCGGGCAUCAAGAAGAGCUGCACCAGGCAAAGCCACCGGCUACAAAGCGGCAGCGAGUGCAGGACCUGCCAGGAGGCGGAGGACAACCGAAAGCUCCGGAGCAUUCACAGAUUCCAGGCCGACCACAAAGAAAUUGAAAGCAUAACAGAUAAAUGGAGGGAUGUUCUUCUGUGCGGGUUUAACGACUUGGUAAAGUACAUGGGGUGCGAGCCUAUUUCCGCAUACAACGCGUACAGCCUGGGCUCCAUCCACAUAGCAAAGGAGGAGCUGGACAUAUACGAGCCAAGCGAAAGCGAGCCCUCCCUUGAGUCGUGCGACUAG